UUUAACACACGCUUUACUAGCAGAUAAUCGAAGCAAGCAUUGAUCAGAAUGCUUUGCGGUUUAUGGUUCCUCUGAACUGUCAAAUAAGUUCAUAGGUACUUUAAAACAUUUUUGAACAUUUUUGUGUUGUUAAACGGUUAAAAAUUCUCUUUGUAUGACUGCCAUCUAGUGGACGUGUUUAUUAUAAAACCGAAACUCCUCUUUACACACGUUUCACAAACCAGGACAUUCCUGAGUUCAUCGAAACUGAAUCUCAACUCGUCUUUUGUCUGUUUGUACAGACAGUGAAAUGGCAGAAGCGAGUGUUCUAUUGGUUCUGGACCAAUUCAGCUGUUCAAUCUGUCUGGAUCUCCUGAAGGAUGCAGUGACUAUUCCCUGUGGACACAGUUACUGUAUGAGCUGUAUUACAGACUGCUGGGAUCAGGAUGAUCAGAAGAGAGUCUACAGCUGCCCUCAGUGCAGACAGACCUUCACUCCAAGACCUGUUUUAGGUAAAAACACAAUGCUGGCUGAAGUGGUGGAGAAACUCAAGAACACUAAACUACAAGCUGCUCGUCCUGAUCUCUGUUAUGGUGAACCUGGAGAUGUGGAGUGUGACGUAUGUACUGAGAGAAAACACAAAGCAGUCAAAUCAUGUCUGGUGUGUCUCAGCUCUUACUGUCAAAAUCAUCUCGAACAACAUGAGAAUUUAUUCAAAGUCAAGAAGCACAAGCUGAUUGAUGCCACAGGACGACUUCAGGAGAUGAUCUGCCCUCAACACGAGAAACUUUUAGAGAUUUACUGUCGUACUGAUCAGUGCUGUAUAUGUUAUCUGUGUAUGGUAGAUGAACACCGCAAUCAUAAGACUGUAUCAGCUGCAGCAGAGAGGACUGAGAAACAGGAGACACAGAGAACACACCAGCAGAGGAUUCAGGAGAAACAAAAGCUUCAUGAGUUGAGAGAGGCUGUGGAGACUCAUAAGUGCUCUGCUCUGGCAGCAGUGGAGGACACUGAGAGGGUCUUUACCGAACUGAUCCGCUACAUUGAGAGAAGCCGAUCUGAGGUGAUAAAGCUGAUCAGAGAUCAGGAAAAGUCUGCAGUGAGUCAAGCUGAAGAACUCUUGAAGCAUCUGGAGCAGGAGAUUGAUGAUCUGAAGAGGAGAGAUGCUGAGCUGGAGCAGCUUUCACACACAGAUGAUCACAUCCAUUUCCUCCAGAGUUUCCAGUCUCUCUCUGUUCCUCCUGGAUCAACAGACUUGCUCAACAUCACUGUCAGUACUUGCCUCUCUUUUGAUGAGGUAGGAAAAUCUGUGUCUCAUCUGAAAGAGAAACUGAUGAAUUUCUGCAGAGAAGAGAUCGAAAAGAUAUCUGCUAGAGUCAUGUGUAUUGGGAUCAUUCCCAAUCCUGAACCCAAGAUCAAGGAGCAGUUCCUACAAUAUUUUGGUCUGAUCACGGCAGAUCCAAACACUGCACAAAAACGUCUCCGUCUGUCAGAGGGGAACAGAGUGAUUACUCGCACUGCCAACGUCCAGCCGUAUCCUGAUCAUCCAGACAGAUUUGAUGGAUGUUAUCAAGUGUUGUGUAGAGAGAGUGUGUGUGGACGCUGUUACUGGGAGGUUGAGUGGAGUGGUGAAAUGCGUUUAUCUGUGUCAUAUAAGAGUAUCAGCAGGAAGGGACGAGGUCGUGAAUGUUUGUUUGGACAUAGCGAUCAGUCCUGGAGUUUGUUUUGCUCUGAUUCCAGCAGUUCAUUCUGGCACAAUAACAUUGAGACUAAACUUCCUGUAGUGUCCAGAUCUUCUAGAAUAGGAGUGUAUGUGGAUCACAGUGCGGGUAUUCUGUCCUUCUACAGCGUCUCUGACACAAUGACCCUCAUCCACAGAGUCCACACCACAUUCACUCAACCUCUCUAUCCUGGGUUCUGGGCUAAAGGAUCAGUGAAACUGUGUGAUCUGACAAUAUAGCCUAGGUGAUAUAGAGAUUCUACAAAUAAUAUUAUGAAAUCAGACGAUGAAUCAUUGACCAUGGGCUUUCCCAUAAUAUAAAAAUUAAAUGUUGUCAGAUUUGUUAAAGCCAUUCAAAAACACUUUUGAUCCGUUUGCUGUACAGUACCUACCAAGUUUUCGUUAAAGAGACCUCAAACUGUGUCAGCCAGAAAACAAGGCAAGAAUCUGUUUAGUUUUUUAAGCAAUAUCAAUAACAAACACAGUACAGCAGGUACCGCACUAUAAAUAAACAAUGUUUAAUACAAAUACAUUAUAUUGCUUUGCUCAAUAAUUGGUUGAUUGACAGGAGAACUGAGUCUCUCAUUCAUUUUUGUCGCAGGUGAAUGUAACAGAUAAACACAAAUGGGUAGUUUUACACAUUUAUUAUCCUCUUAAAUUACUUCUAGUCCCUCUACAUUUGAAAGGAACAGAAUCAGUCUGAAUCUGCUGUUUGAACAAAGAAGUUGCCAUUAUUGUAAGAAAUUUGUGAGCUAAUUUAGAACUAGGAAAUCUUCAUUUUAACAAUGAGACCUGUCAUAUCUCUACAUGUCUCAAUAUAACUGAAUAAGAACCACAUAAUGUUUAUUUCAUGUUUAAAAGCUUAUUAAAAACAAACAAUAUUUUA